CCUACUGCCAUGCCCGGGCCUCUCAUAGCCUGACAUAAGGCUGUACCGGAGGGGAGGGGGAGGGGACCUAAUGGCGGCGGCAGCAGCCCCGCCUGGGAGUUGGCCGCCCGCCAGCGCCGCCAUCUUGUGCUUAGUCGCGUCCCUCGAGUGUUUUCCCUCUUGCUCGAGAGGCGGGGCCACCGGCCUUACAGGCCGUUCCCUCAGCCAAUCGGUGACGUGUGUGGGAGUGUUGCAUCUUUGAUGAGGUCACUGGUUGGAACGGAAGGUGGGGGGUGUGGUUUCAUGGCGCGCGGGGCCAGCUGCUUGCAGGCUCUUCAGCGGCGGGCCGCGAAGUGCGCCGUAGCCAACGGGGGCAGGCGGCGAGGCCGCGGGAAGGAGGCUGCUGUUGGGUUCGGUGCGACCCAGGCGUGUCUGAGGCGUUGGAGCUGUUGCUGUCCAGGGCUCUGACCUCGUUAUUUUCCGUCGUGUCAACUGUUGCAAGGAUUCUGGCUGGCUUCCUGGCACAGUGACGUUGUAACAGAGGUUCCCGGCAGAGUCUAACCUGCGAGCCCUGCCUUUCCUGUGUCCUCCAGACUCCUGAUGAGAAACGUAGUGGCCUGCUCCUCGAUGUAGCUGAGUCAAGCAUGCAACGUGAAGAACCCUGUUUCCUUAAGACAAAGGAACAAAUUUUGUUAAGUUUGAAUUCGGCCUUUUGCCACAUCAUUUUAGUAGGGCCAUACCCAUAGAAUACCUCAAAUGGCGUGUAUGACUUUAUUCUGAGAUUUCACUACAACUUAGGGAGACAUUAAUGGGUUUAUGCCAUAUUUUGGACAGCAGUGUAUCUACAUGUACUGAGUUGGCUACCACCCCAUUACAUUAUUUUCCUGGUGCUCCAGGUACCUCCUUGUAGUUUUUAAGUUCCACCUUUUUUGUUAGUUUUGGGGAUUAUUUUUUUUUCCUUAUGAACUCUGCUGCUCAAGAAUGUUGCUAGGAAGCUGAUUUUUGCCUUGUGUCAUGUUCUGGGAGUCAACACCAUUAACAAGCUCAUUUGGCAUGGUUUUGUGUGGUCUCUGCGCUUCCAAUUGAAUUUGAUCAGAUAGCCUCAGCUUACUGCUGUUUUCAGAAGGUUGAAAGUACAAAACACCUUUGUGGAUAACACCACCAACAGAAAAUCUGUCAGAGCCAUGCCACAGCAAAGACUUCAUUGGGUCUUAGAAAGGUUCUCUAAUGAUCUUGCUUCACCAUGGCAACCAAUAUGGAGGUGCUGGCUCAGCAGGUAGUGGAGACUCAGCAGGUGGCUGAGGUGCAAACUGUUCAGACUUCACUAUCUGAAUCUCCAGUGAUGACCAGCCCUUCCCAACGUAUCCAGAUAAUUUCCACAGACUCCUCUGUAGCUUCACCACAACGCAUUCAGAUUGUGACAGAUCAGCAAACAGGUCAAAAAAUCCAAAUAGUCACAGCAGUGGACUCAGCUGUGUCUCCAAAGCAACAGUUUAUUUUAGCCAGUCCAGAUGGAACUGGUGCAGGAAAGGUGAUAUUGGCAGCACCUGAGACAUCGAAUGCCAAACAGCUUAUCUUUACCACCACGGACAACAUUGUGCCAGGCAGAAUUCAGAUAGUGACAGACUCUGCUUCUGUGGAACGUUUGCUGGGAAAAGCUGAUGUUCAGAGGCCCCAAGUAGUUGAAUAUUGCGUAGUCUGUGGCGAUAAAGCAUCAGCGGUUCAAAGUGAAAGAAAGCCUUUUGAUGUGCAACGUGAAAAACCAACCAACUGUGCAGCUUCCACUGAAAAAAUCUAUAUCAGAAAAGAUCUACGAAGCCCUCUAAUAGCAACUCCAACAUUUGUGGCAGAUAAAGAUGGGACGCGGUCAGCAGGUCUUCUUGAUCCGGGAAUGCUUGUGAAUAUUCAGCAGCCUUUGAUCAGGGAUGAUGGUACAGUCCUCCUAGCUGCUGAUUCCAAGGCUGAAACAAGCCAGGGUGCUUUAGGAACACUAGCAAAUGUUGUAACAUCUCUUGCUAAUCUCAGUGAGUCACUAAAUAAUGGAGAUACUUCUGAAGUUCAACAAGAAGAGCAAUCUGCAAGUGAGAUUACACGAGCAUUUGAUACUUUGGCUAAAGCACUUAAUACUACAGAUGGUACAGCAGCUCAUAACUUGGCAGAUGGGGUGGAUCCUACAGGAGGGGGGAAUAUUCAUGUAAUCAGUAGAGAUCAGUCAACACCAAUUAUUGAAGUGGAAGGACCCCUACUUACAGAUACACAUGUCACAUUUAAGCUGACAAUGCCCAGUCCAAUGCCAGAAUACCUUAAUGUACACUACAUCUGUGAGUCAGCAUCACGACUACUUUUCCUCUCUAUGCACUGGGCUAGGUCCAUACCUGCAUUUCAAGCUCUUGGGCAGGACUGCAAUACGAGCCUUGUGCGUGCCUGCUGGAAUGAGCUGUUUACCUUAGGCCUGGCACAGUGUGCACAGGUGAUGAGUCUGUCUACUAUCCUAGCAGCUAUUGUCAACCAUCUCCAGAACAGCAUACAGGAAGAUAAACUUUCUGGAGACAGAAUAAAGCAAGUCAUGGAACACAUCUGGAAACUUCAGGAGUUCUGUAACAGCAUGGCCAAGCUUGACAUUGAUGGAUAUGAAUAUGCAUACCUUAAAGCUAUAGUCCUCUUUAGCCCUGAUCACCCUGGUCUGACCAGUUCAACCCAAAUAGAAAAAUUCCAGGAGAAGGCCCAGAUGGAAUUGCAGGACUAUGUACAAAAAACCUAUCCAGAAGAUACUUAUAGGCUAGCCCGGAUUCUAGUUCGCCUGCCAGCACUUAGGCUGAUGAGCUCUAGCAUUACUGAGGAACUAUUUUUUACUGGUCUCAUUGGAAAUGUUCCCAUUGACAGCAUAAUUCCCUACAUUCUCAAAAUGGAAACAGCAGAAUAUAAUGGUCAAAUAACUGGCGCAUCUGCAUAGUGGGAACAAUACAAUUUGAUGGAUCAAAGUAACUUUCAUAAAAACAUACAAUUACAAAGUUAAAAGAAUAGCAUUUUGGUAUGUACAGAUAUUUCCAACUUGUUACCAGUUUCCUGUCAGAUUUCUCCUUGUCUGUUUGCUGAUGUUGACAAAAUUUAAGCAGCUUUUAAAAGACCUGCUAUAGGACCUUUUCUGCCACAAGGAAUAUUUUUGAUGCCUUUCAUUUAAAAGGCUAUAGAUUACUGAACAUACUUUUCACAUGCUUUGUAUUUAGAAAUUAUCAGUGGUUAAAAAUAGAGUUUUAUAAUAUCAGAGAUUAGUAAUAAAAUUACUUUAAAAGUAAAAAGAACUGUAUGUAUAUAUUUAAAAAUAUCCUUGGAAUUAAUAUCUAAUAAAUGCCAGGGUAUAAUACUAGCACUUUGUAAGCACUUCUUGUCAAAGCGACAACGUCAUCAAUAUCCUGCUUAUGAGUAUGGAAAAUGAAAAAAAUGCAUAUGUCCCCGGUCAAAAUGCUAGUGAUUUCUGUGAAAAUGUAGAAUGCUACAGGAGACAAUCAUUUAUUCUACAACAAGUCACUUGCUCUUGUGUUACACGUGAAAUAUUAAUGUGGAUUCUUAAAUUGGAUAUCCACAUUAUAUGAAACUGUACUCUGUUAAAUUAGCGCAGAUGUAAUUCACAGUACGAUGCAGUCAUAGUGACUAUAAUGUGCUACAGGAAUUACCCAAACUAGGAGAAAAAAUGUAUUUCUUGCCAGAGUAAUGAUGAAAUAUUCAGGUUUGUUAAAGUUUCUAUUCAGACCAAUAUAGUCAUGACAAAUGUUAUUCUAAUAGGAAGCCUUUUGAUUGUGCGGAAAAUCAGUCAUUAACUGGAAGAACCGUCAUCUUCAAGUAGAGCUGUGUGAUGCACUCUGAGUAUGCUCUUUGUAUUUCCAAAUUUACUCCUCUCUACUCCUAAACACCCUCUUCAUCCAGCCAAAGGUACAAUUUAAAACCUGAAAUGUGUAGAACCUCUGGCUAUCAGCAAGAGUAUAUUACAAAGCUCUCUUACUGUAUUUGUGCUCCCCUCCCUCCUUCCACUUCCCUGACUGAGCACUUCCAGCUUUGCAGUGCUCUCAACCUUCCUAUUGACUGAGUUUGAAACUGAAAUAUAGUUAACGCAGUUAAUGACUGAUAUACCAUGGACUUAUAAAAUUUACUAUUUUUAAUUGUCUAGAGUGAUGAGCCAUCAACAUGUUUUCUAGUAUUGGCCAUUAGGCGCUAGCAUUGCUUUCAUUUUAGUAUAAUUUAUUAUUAUUGAGAUUAAAUAUUUUAAACAACAAGAGUUUAAACAAAAAGUCAUAGCAAUUAAUACCUUCAUCUGAUCCUGGCUCAUUAGAUACAUCAAUUAUUUCAAUUAUUUGUAUGGUAGAGGCAUUUUCCACUUGUGUAUUUUUAUAUGGCAAAAAUCUAAUAAGUUCAGCACUUCUAUUUUUCUUCUGUUAUUGACAUUUAUUUAGAAACGCCAACCAGGUUGGUGUUUGUGUCUUUUAAAGGUCUGAAUUGUAGCUGAAAGACCUUAAGCAGCUCUAGAUGAGGCUUCUGAAGUAAUAAAAAGUCCUGACCUGGUAUACUUCAUUCUCAUUAGGAGGCUCAUGUUUGUAGCACUCAUUGUGACAUGGAAGGCUAUUUAAUUUUAUCUUCUGGAUGCAUUAAAGUCUUCUACAGUUAUCAUUGUUACAGCAUUCAGAAUCUUCUUAAAAGGGUGUUACAGAGAGUCCAAUAUACAUGCAGAGAUUUGUAAUACUGAACUUUCGUUUCUCUCGGCUUUUGCUACAGCAAAUGAAAUUGUCAUACUUUUAAUGUGAUGGAAGUUCUGCACUCUGAAUGUUAAGUCAACUGUAACACAGAAUUUUUUAUGAGCUGUUUUAUUGCAGUGUGACUUCUUGUGUGAUUGUGUCAACACUUUGAUGCAAAGUCCCUGUUUUAAGGGUAUACAACUUAAAAAUUAAUUGCGAUAUUAACAACAUCAGAAGAAGUAGCUAACUUGGAAAGAGUUGUGGCCAUUUUUGUUAAAACUUAAAAUUUGAUUGGGUUAUGUCAUUGUUCUAAAAGCAGUAUGCAUUAAAUUAUUGUGAUAUUUUUCAUUGUAAAAAAAGAUUAUGCAGUUUAAUUUGCUUUCAGUAUUUUGUAAAAAUCAUGUAAGCAGAUAAGUAAGCGUUGUUAAUGACAAACGAAAUAUUCCUUAGCACAAAAACUAGCCAUUGGAUCUUUUUUUUCCAAAUUUGAAUACAUACCAGCUGGCUUUUUCAUGACAAACAUCAUUUUAAGUUCCAAUUUUUCAAGUAAAAGGGCCCCAUUUUCUGUGCAAAAAUCUCUUUUCCUAAUUUUUCUUGCUUGUGCUGUGAGCAUAACAGUUCAGGAAACAAAAUAAAACCACUCCAGUUUUUUGGGAGCAGAGGGAUCAUGUUAAAUAAAACUUAAAAUGCAUGCAUUGUGUUACAUUUGUAAAUCAAAAUGUUAAAUAUCAUGCAGCUCUGUUUACAAAUAAUCUAUACUCCCUACAAAUGCAAGGCCACAUAAUUAUAUCCUUGAUCCAUCUCUGGUAGUCACUUAUUCUGCAAAUAGUUCCCUGGACAUUAGGGAUAAAAUAUUCAUUUGUGUAAAUGAAGUAACAACAAUGCAAUCCAUAUCUAGGAUUGGUUUAUUGUGCAUGCAUUUAAUAGAUGAAAUGAAGCAGUUCCAUACUUAAGAUCCUGAUAUUACCAUCGAAAACCUAUAAAAGUCUCUCUUUGUAUAUCAGCAGCAGCAUGAUUUGCUGGCUUGCGUGAGUCAGAACCAAGCUAAUUUAGUCCUUAUGCCAUUAACAAAAAGUACUUUCACUAAUGCUAUUUUGAUUCCAAGACUAACAGUUUGGAUUGUAGAAAUUUGGACAGCAGAUGUUAGAUCCUAGAGCUUAAGAAAUAUUCAGAAUGUAAAAUGUUUUGCAUAUUUGAAUAUUAGCUAUAAAUAAGAAGAUAGAUGUGAUGAAUAACAUAACAGUUCUUUCUCAAAUGCUGCUCAAGGGCUGUCAUAAAAAUAAGCCAAAAAUUUGGCAUAUGAUGGAGAGACACUGAAAGGAAUCACUUAAAACCCUGCCAUAUAAAACUAUAAACCAUCUUCUCCAGUGCAGCAGGGCUCUUUUGUGCUAAAUUUCAAGUGUAAUCACAGAAUCACAGACUGGUUGAGGUUGGAAGGGACCUGUGGAGGUCAUCUGGUCCAACCCCCCUGCUCAGGCAGGGCCACCUAGAGCCAGUUGCCCAGGACCAUGUCCAGGUGGCUUUUGAAUAUCGCCAAGGAUGGAGACUCCUCAACCUCCCUGGGCAACUUGUGCCAGUGCUCAGUCACCCUCAGAGUGAAAAAGUGUUCUCUGAUGUUCGAGGGAACGUCCUGUGUUUCAUUUUGUGCCCAUUGCCUCUGGUCCUGUCCCUGGGCACCACUGGCUCCAUCUUCUUUGUACCCUCCCCUCAGGUACACAUUUAUACACAUUGAUGAGAUCUCCCCUGAGCCUUCUCUUCUCCAGGCUGAACAGUCCCAGCUCUCUCAGCCUUUCCUCACAGGAGAGGUGCUCCAGUCCCUUCAUCAUCUUUGUGGCCCUUUGUUGGGCUCUUUCUGAGGUUUCCGUGUCUCUUGUGCACGGAGGAGCCCAGCAUUGCACGCAGCACUCCAGGUGUGGCCUCACCAGUGCUGAGUAGAAGUGAAGGAUCCCCUCCAUCUAUCUGCUGGCAACACUUUGCCUAACGCAGCCCAGGAUAUCAUUAGCCUUCAGUGCAGCAAGGGGACGUUGCUGGCUCAUGUUCAACGUGGUGGCCACCAGGACCCCCAGGUUCUUUUCUGCCAAGCUGCUUUCCAGCUGGGUGGCCCCCAGCAUAUAUUGGUGCCUGGGGUUGUUCCUCCCCAGGGACAAGACUUUGUACUUCUUCCCCCUUUUGAACUGUAUGAGAUUCCUGUUGACCCAUUUCUCCAGCCUGUCAAGGUACCUCUCAAUGGCAGUACAACCCUCUGGGUGUAUCAAGCAGUGAAGCUGCCAAUCUAUCAGUGACCUAGAUAUAAUCUAGCAGUGAAGCUAUUUUAGCUCAUUUGAAGAAAUCUUUUCCUUGUAUGUAGAUCAAUAGAAAUAUUGAACAUCCAUCUAUCAAUAGAUGGAUGUUCAAGAGGCACAGAACUGAUGGAUUCUUUCUGCCAACAGUUCAGGUGUUGCUUGGUAGCAAUAGAAAAAGGCACAUCUAAGGAAAAUGGGCCUCACAAAGUUUUUCUCGCUCUAUGUUAACCUUUGAUGUUAUUUUCAGCCUCUUCUGGUGAUUGGGCUUUCAGGCCACUCUAAGAUAAUGAAGGUAGACCAAUGUACACAGUACAGCUGCAGACUCAAGCAAGUUUUAAACUAUCUCUGCAGAAAAUAUUACAAUGCUGAUAUGCAGUUCUUGCCAUUUCUGAGGUUUGUUUCAUCCCCCCUGCCAGUAACUGGAAGAUGUUAACAGGCUACUCUUACUCUCUUUACUUUUAAAUUAGUUUCAUUUUGUUUCUUCUUUGCAAGUGCAAACUUUUGCUUCUGAAUAUGGGACAGGAGAGGUUUUUUUAAUUAUUGUAACAAUUAUUGAAAAACUAUUUAUUGAUUUUAAGUAUGGAAAUAGCUUGUUUUCAUAAAGGCCAAACUUGUGUUUACAGAACUAGGAGUCAACAGAUCACAGUCUGAAAGUGAUUCUAAGAAAAGUGACAUCUCACUGAAGGUCUACUUAGUGCCUAAAAUUCACUCUCUCCAGAAUUUUCGAUGUCCUGUUUCUGUUGCUCUUGAAAUGAAAAUAUCUUAACUUGGUAGAAAUAUAGAGAUAAACUAUCUUAUUAGGUCUAUCUUGAGUACAUAUGUAUAUUGGUAAUAAUUCAUGCAGACAAAUGUUAGAAUUCUGUGCUGACUGAAACUGGGGCAUGCAGGGAGUGAUAAUGAGACAAUAAUGUCCCUUCUCCAUGUGCUUCAUUUGUUUUCCAACUCCUUUGAGAAGGAACUGGAUUUUAAUCUUGUAGAAUGAUCAAUAACUGUGUAGGAGAAUUUUGGGUUAGCUUUGUAAUAAUGAUUUUUAUUGCAUCUCUGACAAGGGCAAGAAAGUAUACUACUUUUCUUCCCUUAAUUUACUUCCAAUGGACUAAAGAGACACAGAACUGAGAUCGUGUGCAAAAGUCAUCUUUCUCUGCCUAUUUACACUGCUUGUAAAUUAGAUACAAUGCUUUUGGUGCCAGUGGAGUUACUCUGGCAUGAAACUGGUAGAAGAGGAAAAAAUAAUCUCCAAGGAGAUAUCCUUGAAAGAGAUCAUACAAGCCUUAUUUUAGCUGCCUUAAAAAGUUAGAUGAUUAAGGAGGCUUAGUUUUCAGAGCACUCUGGGGCAAGAAACUAUAGUUGGUCACCAUUGAUUACUUGGUAUCAUUUACCAAGUCUCUUUUUACCAUCAUCUGAAGCACUUGGCCCUCAGGGCAGCCAUAGUGCCUCCAGUGAAUAGCACUGACUCAAGAUUCCUGUGCUGAAUACAGCUGGCUCUGCGUUAUCAUAAUAGUACUCUUUGGCAAAGGGCAUAUUCUGAGGUGUGAUAGGGAAAACAAAUCAGGGCUGAAGAUUUUAGGCAAAAUGAGUGUCCUGACUGUCGUCUUUGUCAGAAACUGUAAAACACUUCAGUGUUUUCAUUGUUGUGUAUAACAGACACAGGACUUUCACAGAUUCCUGAAUUAUUUCAUCCAAGAUGCUGAAGAUGUCAGUAUGUUUUCCUGCCCAUUAAAAUUAAGAGGGUAGUUAGGAUUCUUCCUGGAUUACCUGCUGUUUAAUAAGUAAGGGAUAAUUUUAAAAAGCACCAAAUAGCAUGAGUAGCAAGGGUUUCAGGAACACAGUUCAGCCAGAAAGAGGGAACUGGAAAUUAUCAGGCUGAGGAUACUGCCCAAGAAGCAGUUAUGAAAGCAGCUUAAUGCUAUAACAGCACCAGUCAGGAGCCUUGUUUGAAUUGGGUCAUGCGAGCAGUAGAACUGGCAGGUCAAUCAGACAUACAUAGGUGCACCAGCAAAUACUUACAGGAUGAUAUCACCCUGAAAAGACAAAAAAAAAAAAAAAAGAAAAAGUUAAAAUGUUGGUUUUCUGUUUGAAAUCCCUCUCCUCUUCUUCAGUUACUUCAGUGCAAAAGCAGGGUAGGUUGGUUCUUCUUCAUCUACUCUUGCCCAUAACAGAAAAAGCAGAAAUACCAGGCAAAUGAAGGAGGUUCCCAUCUGUCCCAGUAGUUUGCCACACUUGCCGUACAGCAACAGAACAGCUGCUGCAGUGGUUUGCUCUGAUGAUAAGCAUAGGCCUGCUGUGAGAGCAGCACACAACAUAUGCAGUCCUAAUGCCUCCAUAUACGCAGGGAGAAUCAACAAAAUGAGGCCAUGUUCACCAUAUAGAGGAGAGUAGGGGGCAGAAGAUGGACAAAUUAUCAGCACCUAUUAGAUCUUGAAUGAUGGAAAAUUAGUUUAAAAAAAACAGCUUUAUCUGAAAAAUUGCCAAGAGGGCAUGGAAAAGGGGAGAAAAUGAAAACAUUUAUUUUUUGCACCUUUUAAUUCUAAAGUUGCUGAGUCAUUUUAACAGUACAUUUUCCUGAACUAAGUUUAGGCUUAUCGUUUGAUGACAAAUACCAUACCUCCUCUUGUUAGACAAUACAACAACCCUACUUCUGCUGCAAUCAAUGUUACCAACAUUAUAUGGGAAAUUAUUUGUGGGGGAAAAAAAAAACCCCACACGUUAUUUAUACUGAGGUUGCAAGUUAAAUUCUUCAUUAAGUUUAAAUGCUCCAAGUCUAAAUAUAUUAGACUUGGAAAACAUCAGACCCUAGAAUUACCUUAUUACUCAGCUUUUUGUUGUGACGUUACACUAAGUUCAUCACAGAUAAUACUGUCAUAAUGUUCCAUAAUUCCCACUGCCUGAUUGGUCCUCUGAGUUACAUGAAUGCUUUGAAAAUGGCUUAUUACUGUUAAAUUCAUGCCUGUCUUCCUUCUUUUUAAAGGGUUUGAUUUGUUUUUUUUACACAUCUUUAUUUUGUGCCUCCCACCAUUGUGCAUUUCUGCAUGUUCAAUUCUAAAACUCACUUGAGCAGCUAAUGCAUAUGUACAUAGUUGUAUGUAUGUGUGUAUGAAUGUAUAUGUUUAUACCUAUCUGUCUAAAUAUCUUAUGUACAGUGUAUAGAAAGUGUGUAGUGUAUGUAUAUAUGUACAGAUAUGUAGCCAUGUUCAUACCAUUCUAUAUGUUCAAGGUUUUCAUUCAUUUGCUAAUCCAGAGCUUCCUAGUUUUCCUUUCUUAGCCCAAACUAAGCAUUGCUUAAACAGUUAAAUCCUCAUGAAUAUCAGAGCUUUGCACCUUUUUCUAAACCCAGCCUGAAUUUAGUGUUUUCUGUUCAGAACUGACAAAUAUAUUCCAUGAAUUUUCUGGCUUUUAUGUUACUCCCUUUACUUUUCUCAUUUGACGUGUAGAUAUCUGCCAGUGAAUAGUUAGACAGACAUAUAAUGGGAGCUGGGCACUUUGGAGCAUUUCAGAAAUCAGACUUGCAGUAAGACAAUUUAUUACUCAUAGGGAGUAUUCAAACAUUUAAAUUAUUGAAUAUAAGUAGUUCUUAUUCCUCUUCCCUUCUGAUGACUUAAUUACGAAGGAAGCCUUCUGUAAAAGUAAUUCUAUUAACUUUUUUUUUUUUUCACAUUUCAAGGCAUUUCACAGACCACGUAAGGGAGUAGUUCAGCAAGUCUUGUUUCUGUCAUAUUAAAAAGGUGAAGCGGAACUUUCUGGGCAUUUAUUUCCAUCUUUGGUACUCAAUGUGGCAAAAAAGACUUGUGUAUGUUUAAGCAGAUGAGCAGACACCAAUUAAAAUAAGGUGAGCUUCUUGCGUGCUUAAAGUAAAACACAAGUCUCUCCCAGAGUCAGGCCCUCUGCUUGUAAGUCUUUGCUAUGGAAAAUGCUAAGAAUGUUCUCUGUUUCUUGCUGUAUCAUCUAGUAAUUGUUUGUAAGCUUUUGUUUCAAAUACAGAAAAAAAACCCCCAACCCUGUAAAACAUCCAUUUUAACAUUUCAAACGUUAUUUUUGAGGAUUUCAGCAGGAAAAUUGUUUUAAAUCAAUGGCAGGAAUUCCUGUGACAGAUGGUCCUUCACUGGUGUCUUGACAAUCAGUGCUGUUUCAAUGAUGUUUGCUUUCCUCUUUAAAGGCUGAAUGGAAACCUGAAUGUCUGUUAAUGUCAUUGUAUUGCAGUAACAUUUUUAAAGAUUAGGAAGCCAGUUGGGCUAUUGAUCAGGAUUGAAUCUCUCUAAAAAUUCAAUUGUGACUCUAGAAAAAAGAGCAUGUUUUAAAAUUGUGACCUUGUUUUACAUACAUGUUUGAAGGACAAAAUGCACUCAAAUUUAAGUGACAAUAAAGGUUCUGUUGUAAUAUUCUAUGGAAACUCUGAAAUGUGAAAUCAGCUUUCUGUAUUUGAUCACAGAAAGCAAAAGUCUGAGAAGCACACCUAUUGCCAGGUAUCUAACACCCCAUAAUAACUGGCUUCUCAUACAUUUUUUAAUGAUCUUAGAUAAAUGAUAAUAAGGCACAGGUCCAUUUUAAAAUAUAUUUGAUGAUUGUGGGUUAAAAGUAGGACUGAAUAAAUUUCCAAUGAAAAGGAUAUUCUUUAAGAAGAAAACAUGUUACUUACAGAGCAUAUAUAUGUUACAUUUCUCAUACAUGGAAUCAACAUUAAAUGUGGGAAUUUCCAUUUUUAAUAAUUAAUCUGUACUCCAAAAAACAUUGCAAGCCAGUGUUCAAACAAUUUCAUAACUGAAAAACUGCACAUUGUGUGUUGUAUCUAUUUCGCAUACCAGGGAGUUCUGAGCUCCUACAAAAGUAGCAAAUUUUUAUAAAAGGAAUCAUCUUUUUUUAAUUCCUUGGGAUAUUUUCUGGAAGUUUCUGUUCAUUAUAAUUUAGGAAACUUGUUUAUGUUAUUAUAUUUUAAUUUCAAAUUAAAAACCUUGCAAAAGUUGUUAAUUUCUCACAGCUGCUUUUGUGAUAUCAACAUUGUUACAUGUGAUAGCAUUUCAAAAUAAUAGCAUGUACUUUUUUUAAUCUGAAUUUUAUAUCUAAUCAAUGUCUUCAGUCAUGAAGAGGAAUUUGCAUUGUUGUGUUUGUAUAUAGAGUAUUGCAGUGCAUGAUUUUAGCUUAUGCAUUUUAUUAAAUGCUGUUUAAAUGUGGCAUUAUAUUGUUGUGGCUUAAUACUACCUAAAUGAGGUUUAUACCAUUAAA